AUAAGGUCCCAGAAGGAAUUGUCUCAUUAUACUAAUUCAAUAGCUGUCACCGUUAGCCAUGCCUCCGCGGCUCAAGUCUAAAAGCUUCCAGCAACUACUCGCACCCGUUGUAAUCCCUCAGCCGGCUGUCACCUACUAUGUCCCUCAAAGAUCAUUCGGCAUCAAAGCCUUAUAUCCUCCGAAAACGCAUCGCUUCAAUGUUGGCCCAGAUAUGCCCGUCCUCACAUCCUCUCCGUCUUCAGCCUAUGAACGCAAAAUGAACACCCUCCCUCUUCGGACCGGCGCGCUUGCUAUAAAGAAAGGAAUGUCUGCGGUUAUUGACCCGGAAACUGGAAAGCGAACAGUUUGCACUAUUCUCCAGCUCGACAGAGUGGAGGUAAUUUCACAUAAAACCCGCCAGAAACAUGGUUAUUUUGCGGUGCAGGUCGGCGCUGGGUGGAAGCAUGAGAGUAACGUCACAAAACCAAUGCUAGGCCACUUCGCGGCGAAUGGGGUUUCUCCAAAACGCUAUGUUGAGGAGUUUCGGGUGAGGGACGAAGCAGGGUUGUUACCAGUUGGCCAAAUGAUCAAUGCAGACUGGUUUCAGGAGGGUCAAUUCGUCGACGUACGGUCGAAGAGUCGGGGUAUGGGUUUCACCGGUGUCAUGAAGCGGUGGGGAUUUCACGGACAGGAUCGCAGUCACGGCGUCAGUUUGACGCAUCGUUCGUUGGGUACAACUGGUCCAAGCCAGGGUGGUGGUUCGAGAGUAUAUCCGGGAAAAAAGAUGGCAGGGAAUAUGGGAAAUACGCCGGUGACAAUUCAAAACUUAAGAGUUCUCCAAGUCGACCCAGAAAAGGGGCUUGUCGUGGUAAAAGGUUCUGUGGGUGGACCAAAGGGCCGUUGUGUUAAGAUACAUGAUGCUAUUAAGAAACCAUGGCCGGAGACUCCAUCCUUAGCGGCCAAGUCAACGGAAUAA